AGCAACGAAAACCAAGACCAAAUAAUUUGACUAUAAAAGCCUGAGUUAAAGCAUUGUUUUAGUAUAGUUUUCUAAAAGUAGUAAACACAACAAAAUCCCAACAAAAUGUUCAAAUUGUCCGUCUUCAUUGCCUUGUUCGCUUUGGUGUGCUCCGCCUAUGCCAAACCCGCUGUUCUCGCUGCUGCCCCCGUUGUAGCUGCUGCUCCUGCAGGUGUUGUUACCGCUACUAGCUCUCAAUAUGUUGCCCGUAACUAUAAUGGUGUUGCUACUGCCCCCGUUGUAGCUCCCGUUGCUGCUGCCUACACCGCCCCUGUUGCUGCUGCCUACACCGCCCCUGUUGCCGCUGCCUACACCGCUCCCGUAGCUGCUGCUUACACCGCCCCCGUAGCUGCCGCUUAUGCUGCUCCUUAUGCUUCUUACUAUCCUUACUCUGCCGCUGCCUACACCACUGUCUUCUAAAUGGAACGGGAUUACUUUUUAUAAUGACUGGACUUUGUGAUUUUUUACAUAAUGGAAAAGAUGAUUCUUUAUUUUUAAAGUUUCUCUUUUUCGCAGAUUUGUUAAAGAAAUUUUUGUUUAUAUUUUUUUAAAAAUAUUUGUUUAUAGUUUUAAAAUAAAGUUAAAAAGAAAAUAUAUAUGCAUUUCAAAUACUA